AUGACCGGAAGCGAGGGGGAUAAAGGUGGAUCCAGCACAAGUGCGAUCAACUUCCCGUCGCCAUAUUACCUACAUCCUUCAGAUUCCCCUAAGCAACCUGCUGUCAAUGAAGUUCUUACAGAUCGAAACUACAACGAUUGGGUGCAAGAGAUGACCAAUUUUGUCUUCGCCAAAAACAAAACAGAUUUUGUUGAUGGAACCUUGAAGAAGCAAGAGAUUUCAUCUUCUGAAUACAAACCAUGGAUGAGGUGUGAUGCGAUGAUAAAGGGGAGGCUUACCACAGCCAUGGAGAAAGGGAUACAUGACAGCGUGAAAUAUGCUAACACAUCAUCAGAGAUUUGGUCGGAUCUGAAGGGAAGAUUUGGGAAGGAAAUUGCACCAAGGGCUUAUGAAUUGAAGCAGAAGAUCGCCGCUACAUGUCAAGAGGGUGGUAGUGUUUUGACCUACUACACCCGUCUCAGGUUUGGAUUUUAG